CCCAUUAACAUUCAACUUUAAACCCAUAUCAAAUCCAUCGAACUCAAUCGUUUUUCCCUUUUUCCUCUGAUCAUAUCACUUCAAUCCAACUUUAAUUCUUCAAUAAUUUUGAGAUCUAAAUUCAUCGAUUGCACAUACAGGUGUUGAAGAUCGUUACUCUGUUGAUUCGUUGAUUCAAUUAAACGAAAUUUCUAUAGAAGCAAUCAUGCUUUCGCGCGUUUUUGGAAAACCUAAGCAAGAAGCUAAUGCGGUGACAACAUUAGACAAAUUAAAUGAGACACUUGAAAUGCUGGAGAAGAAAGAGAAAGUACUUUUGAAGAAGGCAUCUGCAGAGGUGGAGAAGGCCAAAGAGUAUACAAAAGCACAUAAUAAAAGGGGUUCGUACUCGCUGCUUUAUACACAAACGGCAAUACAAUGUUUAAAGAGGAAGAAGCUGUAUGAGCAACAAGUUGAACAGCUUGGGAACUUCCAGUUGCGUAUUCAUGACCAGAUGAUUAUGCUAGAAGGUGCAAAAGCUACCACAGAGACUGUUGAUGCUUUGAGAACCGGUGCCGCAGCAAUGAAGGCCAUGCAAAAGGCAACAAAUAUCGAUGAUGUUGACAAGACUAUGGAUGAGAUAAACGAACAAACUGAAAAUAUGAAGCAAAUUCAGGAGGCAUUGGCAACACCACUGGGUGCAGCUGCUGAUUUUGAUGAGGAUGAACUGGAAGCUGAACUUGAGGAACUAGAAGGAGCUGAGUUGGAGGAACAGCUUCUCCAGCCUGCCACAACCGCCCCUGCUGCUCCGGUGCAUGUGCCAGCUGGCAAGCAACCAACACGUCCAGCUCCUCGCCAAAACAAAGCGGAGGAAGAUGAACUUGCUGCAUUGCAAGCAGAAAUGGCACUUUAAGAAAAGGUCACUGGAGAUGUACUCAUACACUUCAAAAAAUGGAUGAACUGUGUGUUAAAUUAUAUCUUGUACAGUUGUGAUUGUAGACCAAAUAACAAGCUGGCUUUGUUGUAUUAUACAUUGAAGAUCAUAAGGGACUAAUAUACUGUUUCUUGAGAUUAA